CACGGUGGGUUUAAUUUAGGAGUGUACGAUAGAUAGUUGAUGACAGAUCUUGGUUUGCAGACCUUGUCCAUUUAGCAUUUGAACCUUUAAUUCGCUUUUCCUUGGGUGAAUCAUGUGCCAAAACUGAAAGUGAAAGAUACUUCAAAUGUGAAAACGCGUCCGCGGAUAAAGCCUAAAACGCUGACACGUCCAGCAAACCGAGUCAUACAGCGUUACGGCGUCAAAACCCUGGGUAUUAAUAAAAUACGAAUUGGUAUCUUCCCUCUAUUUGCAUCGAUUCGUUAUCUGAAGUUCAUCAAACCAACGCGGUGAACGAAUUUAACCUCCUUUGACGAUGAUACAUACGGGAAGGCCAAACUACCCUCCUACUGGCGGUUUUUCUUUUGAGAACACCCGGAGAAAUACUGUCUUGGAAAGCAACUUGUCAGAGGUGGGGUACAAAGCUCCCAAAGCCAGGAAAACCGGAACCACUAUCGCUGGAAUCCUUUUUAAGGAUGGAGUGAUACUGGGAGCGGACACAAGAGCCACAGAUGACAUGGUGGUUGCGGACAAAAACUGCAUGAAGAUCCACUACAUUGCCCCCAAUAUAUACUGCUGCGGGGCGGGCGUGGCCGCCGACGCUGAGGUCACCACCCAGAUGAUGUCAUCCAACGUGGAGCUGCACGCGCUCAGCACGGGCCGUCCGCCGCUGGUCGUCACGGUGACCCGGCAGCUGAAGCAGAUGCUGUUCAGGUAUCAGGGCCAUAUUGGCUGCUCUCUCAUCGUGGGUGGUGUGGAUGUUACAGGUUCCCACCUGUACUGCGUCUACCCGCACGGCUCCACCGAUAAACUACCCUUCCUCACCAUGGGUUCUGGGGCAGAGCCAGCCAUCUCUGUGUUUGAGGAUCGCUACAAACCGGACAUGGAGAUGGAGGAGGCCAAGCAGCUGGUGCGAGACGCCGUCACUGCGGGAAUCUUCUGUGACCUGGGCUCCGGCAGCAACGUGGACCUGUGCGUGAUCACUGAGGCGGGGGUGCAGUACCUGCGGGCGUUCGACCAACCUGUGCAGAAGGGGUGCAGGCAGGGGACGUAUAAGUACAAGCCAGGCACCACAGCUGUGCUGUCGGAGAAAGUCACCCCUCUCACCUUGGACAUCGUGGACGAGUCUGUCCAAAUGAUGGGAACCCAGUGAGACAAGAAGCACAGAGAGAUGCUGCUCCCCCUGCUGGUGAAACUAUGGAGCAGGGAGAAGGCAGAGCUGCCAAACAACUACACUCCCACCGAGUAACAGAAACUGAUACAGACAGACGGUCACACAUUACCUGCAUGUUUACACACAUGCACACACACACACACGCACAUUAACGCACAGGCAUACACAAAAAUGAACAUGCACACACAAGUUCACAUACACGUUCACAAGAGAACUAUACUUUGUUUGAGCUUGUUUGUUCCAGUUUCUUAUUGCUUUUGAUUAAAUAAAUGGAAUUUAAUAUUA